AUGACAUCUCAAUUCGUCCCAUCCACUGGUGCUUGGCUCGCUGCAUCCACUGCAUGGACUGGAGCGAGCCAACUGCUCGAGGAGGGUUUUCUCAGAGAUUUGGAUUCGCCUUCUCCGACAGCAAACCUCAGAGCUAUCCGGUGUAUCCGCAAUUUCGUUACCGCGAACCCAAUGAACAAGCAAAUCGUCGUCAACCAUGAAGCCAUACGUAGAAGAAUAAUCUCAUUGGGCACGUCGGUUGCAACGUCUGUCGACUACUCGGCCAGCUUUAAGCGCAACCUGCUCUGCUUGUACUCCAGCUUCUUGUGCGGUGUGCCCUCUUUCGCCGAAGAGCUGUGUGGUCAGAAGCGCUUCUUGCAUGACCUCCUCUCAGCAGCAAACUUCGAAUGUGAGGGCACCGAUGUCGCUCUGCGCGAGGCCAUAAUGCUCUUCUUGAAGACCUUUUUUGAGGCAGACAAUCUGGACCGGGACCUCGAAUCUGUUCCCGUCUUUAAGAAGCAGACUGCAUUGGACCUCUUUACUGCUGAUCAAUUUGGUAGUCUGAUUAGCCUCAGUGACCAACUGUUUUCUCGUCUUCGGGGUGCACCGAAUCAGGAGAACCUCGCAGCAAUCACAAAUACCCUGAUCUGCCUCACAAAGUUGUUGGCGCUCUUGGUAACCCACCCUGAGCUGGCUAGCCGGGGCGGUCCCGACCUGUUGCGAAUGGCGCAUCAGCGUGUCAUGGCCACCGCCUGCCCCCGCCACGCGCCCAUCCUGCACCAGGAGCGCUCCCUCAUCCUCCCGUUUGACUUGGCCAGGCGAGCUCCGUGUCCCAACGCCGCCAUACACACGGUAAGUGGCGCUGCCCCUCGGUGGCCCCUCUCUUCUCCCCAGUGUGCCUCGGAAAUAGCCCGGUUUUCCCUCAAGACACUAUUCUUCACCCUAUACCACGUGCCGCCUGCCUUCGAAAUGUUCAAAAGUGUUUUGAGCGAAACAGAUCCGCCGGCCCUGAUUUCUAUCUACUCUCAUUUAUCCCAACCCUAUUCUCGCUGUUUUCUCGGGUCUGCACGGGGGCGUUUGCUUAACCCUGACUGUCGUCCUCGUGAGACCUGCAGUGAUCCCAUAAUCUACCGUUCUACCUAUCAAUUCCCUCGCUCUCCCUCGUCAUCAUCGGUCGAAAACGAUGACUCCUCUAAGCAAGACGAAGAGGAACUGGACCUGUACUCUCCCGAUGGGGCCUUCGGACUCUCCGGCACGGCGGACAGAAUGACGUGUCUGCUCGUCGGACUGCUGCGGGGCGUACUUUUCUGGCGGUGCUCAAGUCACACCGAGGCGUCUAUUGUUGUCUGCGAUCGAUUUGGAAACGAGACACUCUGCUCUGAUGGGUUGGGCUUGUCCGACGACCAGAUUUCUCUAAAGAUUCUGCAGCCCCUCACACAAUACAGUCUGCCACUCAGUGGAACCAGCGUCAACACCUGGGCGUGUCAUGUGAUCAUACUUCUCUUGAAACAGCGGAAGAGUCUGCAUCGCCACCUUCUCUACAGUCAAAUUCUGGCCCCUGAGUUUGACGACAGCGUCUCGUGUCUACUGAAGGCCCUCCAAUCAGCUUACGAUUAUAACGACCAUUCUGACUUCCUGGAACAACUCACCCCCUUUUCUCGACUUUUUGCCUGUUUGGCCUCCACAUACGAGGAUGUUCGUGUUCGAAUCGGUGAACUGUCGAUGACUAAGGCUCUCAUUCAGAUGUUCGUCACUCACCCUUCAUUGAACGCCAGCAGUACAAUCCCAUGUCUGAAUCUCACGCUCACCCUCUGCCAGCUUCUUCAUGCUCUCUCAAGGUCAGUCGCACUUCAGCACACUCUCUUUGCCGAUACUUCAAUUAUUAACUGUUUGAUCAAGAUAUGCACUCGACUGUUGCCAAUGCUCCCGUCUGAUCCGGCUUAUGCGCAAAUUGUGCUUGCUGCUUCCUCAGCACUGGUGAAUCUUCAGCUUUGUCAACUUGAUGGUUUUGAGGAAUCUCGCAACAAUUCUCUCGAUCUCUUUCAUCAGCUAUUGGUCGUUGGUAACCCUUCUGGUAACGCUGUGCUCUCCCUCCGCUUAAACGGUCUCUGGGGCCUGUCUAACGCAGCCGCGUCAGUCGCAAUCGAUGGUGAUACCAGACAAGAGACUGUUGAACGACUGGCUGUUGGUCGCAUCAUUCCGGAGGUCAUUUCACAAUGCUGUGCUCUCAUUUCUUCUGACUCAGAGGAAAGUAUGGAUGCCGAAUCGAGCGAUACAUCGAACGAGGGAUCACAAGCGGAAGUGAAGGUGUUUUCCGAGACAAGCGGAACGGUUCUGAAUUCGGGACCCUCGUGGGCCCAAUUGAAAUCGCAUUUCAUUCACAAAGGCAUCAUUUUGCUUCGCAAUCUAUUUUCUCUUAAAGCAGUGCCCGUGGCGGAUUACAGCAAAAAUGUGUUCUCCUUCUUGGCGCGUGUUUUAUCAACAAGUCCAUCUGCGAGCACUAAAUAUGAGGUAGUGGAGUCGUGUGGUGACUGUCAGUGUCUUGAGUGGUUUUCCAAAAAAAAAGUAGAGGUGUCGUGGUUCGCUUAUUUCACCUACUCUAAGAAGUGCACCCUCCAACGUAACCAAAUUCACCUAUCGCCAGGCGAAGUGUACUCACAGCUCUGCGUUGAUCCUCAAAUUUGUGCUGCCGCAUGCCAUGCCUUGGGUCCGAAGCACGUAACAGUGUCUGAGAAAGCACUUGCUUCAAUUUUGGCCUGCACGGCGGAUGGCAGCCACGCCUUGGCCGUCUUAGCCAACACCCUCACCAAUGGUGAUGCGCUGAGCCAAUUUUGGCAUCACAGUGAACUCACGAAGGCCCUUUCGGCGACAAUCACAGCGGAUGCCGACAUAUCUGUUAAAUGCGGUGCAGUGCUAGUCGCAGUGAAUCUUUUGGAAACCCCAGAACGUAAGUCAUCUCAUCAACACACAUUUGCCUUUGCCGUUGUGUGCAUAAUCAGAUCUAAAACAGUUGACUUAAUUCUUUCUGGAUCAGCUUUGGCGACCUCGGUGGGUGGCGAUUCUUUCGGUGAGCUCUUUACCCGAAUCCUCUCCCUCCUCCUCUUCGAUGACUCACGAGGCUGUCGCAGCACUUAUAGCGUCCCCUCGUCUUCAUGGCGCCGCCGUUCCUCACCUCGUUCGCCACAACGACCUUCGUCGGCCGCGGUCACGCGGCAGUCCCCAGAGCGUGUGUGCUCGCCAUCGGAGAUUUGGGAGACGAGCCUCGGGGCAUUCGGUUCGCCGGAGGUUGAGGAAGAGACCCAGGAGGUGCAGCUCCUGCGUCUACUAGGGAGCUUCAUUAAUCUCUUUUUUUACCCGGAAGCUUCCACGCCGGACUCGAGACAAUCAUUGCGGGAGGUCUGGGACUGGCAGUGCCAGUGUGGCCGUUCUGGCGACCCAGGAGAGGGUCAGCCUCGCAGAUGGAGAGGCAAGCGGCUCAACUGUACUUCGCCACCCUUCUUUCUGUCACACCACCGUAGCAGCGGUUCGUUUCAACAACACCGGCAAGCAAAGUUGUCACUAGCAAAAGACUUUACGGAGGCAUCUGGUGCAAUGGGUGGGCUUAAAGACCUGUUGGCGUGUCUCUUGAAGGACAAUGAGGGUGACGAUGGACUUUCUUCCUCCCCCCAAGGAAGAACGGAAACCAGCGGAGGUGCGGUCUCAGAGGCUGAAUUCGAGGAUGAUUGA